UCCUGCUCACUCGCCGUCCCACAUGACCUGACCCGCCCGAAAGUCGCCGAAACCGUCACACCAUCACACGCCUUCGCCUUCCUCUUCCUCUUCUGGCUAUAAAUUAAAAGAGGGAGAGAGGAGAAGCCAGCCAAUCCGUCACCGGCACCGCCCCAGCGACACCAUGGAAGCCGCCGCAGCCACUUCGACCCUGACCCGCUCCGUCUCCCUCACCGCCCGCCUACGCCGCUCCCGCACCGCCAGGUUCCCAUCCCCCCAACUGUGCGGGCUUUCUGCCGCCGCUGCAGCCUCGCCCCGCGCCCUCCCGCUCCGCCGCGCCAGGUCCGACGCCGACCUCGCCUCCUUCGUAAGAUCCGCUGCCGUUCUCCGCCACUCCCCCAUCCCGGCCAUCCUCGAGGCCUACGAGGAAGAUCAGGAGAAGGCGCCAGGGGGCUUUGACCGCCUCCUCAAUGGCGCCGGCAGGAACGGCGGCGGCCAAGGAGGCAGCGGUGGCGACAGAGGCGGCGGCGGCGGCCAAGACAGCGGCUGUGACAUUGGGGAGUACUACCGGCGGGUGCUGCAGGUGGAUCCGGAGAACUCGCUGCUGCUGCGCAACUACGGCAAGUACCUGCACGAGGUGGAAGGCGACCUGACGGGCGCCGAGGGGUGCUACGCGCGCGCGCUGCUAGUGUGCCCCGGCGACGCGGACCUGCUGAGCCUCUACGGCCGCGUCAUCUGGGAAGCGCACCAGGAGAAGGAACGCGCCGCGGCCUACUUCGAGCGCGCCGUUCAGGCCGCGCCCGAUGACUGCUACGUCCUGGGAUCGUACGCGAGCUUCCUGUGGGACGCCGAAGAGGAGGAGGCGGCGGCUGCGGCGGAUGUGCAGAAAGAGGAAACAAUUGCAAGCACGGUGGUGGUGGUGGCAUCUCCGGCGUGAUGAUCUCAGCGGUGGAUCUACUUUAUUGUUGGUUAGUGUACAUAUGAGGACGUUGCGGACCGGAUUGGACGGCGGUGGAAUGGAUGGAAUCUGCCUUGCCCAUUGAUUGAUGAUGAUUAUAUAGCUGCCUCCGGCGAGCCGUGAUGGAUCCGGCCAGUAAUAACGACGGGCCAGGCCAAGCGGCACUGAUGCUGCUCCGUCGAUGGAAACGAGGUAUCAACUAAGAAGCAGAGACGAGCUGGCGACAGCAAAACGACUGUAUGUCCGGGAUUAUAUUGGGUCUCGUCGAUGAGCACUUCAUUUAGCUUUAAUUAUUUGUAUUGACAAUUGUAGAGCGGGCAUGUAAUCAAUAUAGCUAGCUAUCUUGAUGAAUAACAACGAGACUUAAUGAUGAUGAUGAUGAAUAACAGUCAUUGUACUCAUGUUGUACGAA